AUGCGUUCUUUCAUCAUCUCUUCUGCCCUCUUGGUCAUUCUCGUCCAAUGCGGAUAUCCAGUUGUCGAGAACAGUUAUCCAACAACUCCAAGUUAUCCAACUCCACCACCAUCGUAUCCAGUUCCAAAGAAGUAUCCAGUUGCUCCAUCUUAUCCAACUAAACCAUCAUACCCAUCUCCACCAGCUGAUUAUGCUCAGAAGCCAUCUUACUCUGCUCCUCCACCACCUCCAGCACCAUCCACAUACUCAUCCAGCUCAUUCACUGAUAGUGAUUCUACUUCGGAUUCUGAAUACACUACUUAUGCUCCAACUUCUGAAUACCAUAAACGAGCAAAGGCCCGUACUGCCCACAACCGUCAGUUCCAACGUCGUGCACUUCAGCCAAUCAGAAGAUUCCAACAGAAAAAGCAAUAG